UUUUGUGUUUGUUGUUUUGAUGUAUGAAAAAAUGGAUACCAAAUGCUACUUUUAUAUCACAGUUUUUUAGGCGUAAAGGAAGUAUCUCGAAGUCACUCUUAUCCACCAAACGACGUAAUAGGCUAACCGAGUGCAGGAAGUAUCUAUACUUGUACUCCUAUGUGUAUAAAGCGUUGAUAUGAGUACUGGUACUUCUCGUGUUGACCACGUAUAUUGGAGAUCUUGCCGAUAAGUCGUUGCUAUCAAGACCAACAACAACGCCGUCAAGCAAGCUGUUACACCACGCAACCAUCCGCAUUCCGAUGGUAAAAGAGCCUCCGUCUGCUUGCUGUGCGUUCUCUCUGAUGGCGAGGACCCAUCCCUGCGCUCGCUAAAAGAACCUCAUGGGGCCUUUCAGCGCAUUUCUCCUCGUCUACGUUCUUGGUGGGCUUACCUUCAUUCCGCUGCUGCUCAGCUUGCUCGUCCUCUAUGCAUACCUCACCCUCCCCGGCCCACCAGACAGCGAGUCAAGGCCAGAGAAUGCAGACCCGGGCGGCCUCGAGCGAAAGGGAGAUGACCAGUACAGCCUUCUUAACACCCGCACGGCGGAGCUGGCGGAGAAGUUCCAGCGAGCUCGCGAGGCGGAUGUAGCAGCUGGUUACUUCGCCGUGUGCAGAGAAUACGUGCCCGGAGGAGUGAACGGGAAGCCGCCUGAACGUACGACUCCGGCUGGGGAGGUCAUUGCUACUGAGAGUCCCAGUGUUUACCAGAGCGUUUAUCGAAGCAUCUUUGACCGCAGACAGGCGCCUACGCUGGAUGCGAACAGGGCCAACGGGAGGAACGCUAGAAAGGCUAGGAAUGUAUUUUACGUUAUACUGCGUCAUGGACACCUUAUGCUGUACGAUGACGCCGAGCAGAUCGAGGUUCGAUACGUCAUAUCUCUUGCACAUCACAAUGUUAGCAUAUACGGCGGUGGUGAACCAAUACCUGAAGGAGAGCUUUGGAUAAAGAGGAAUGCCAUCUGCCUGUCGAGAAAGGACGAGGGUGAAAAUAUCCCUGGUCCUCGACCCCCUACGUUGCCGUUCUACUUGUUUUCCGAGAACUUGUCUGAAAAGGAAGAUUUCUACUUUGCCAUUCUGAACAAUUUGGACAGGGCUCCUAACUCAAUUGGCUCCCCUCCUACGCCUCGACAGUUUGCUACACAGGACAUGGUGACUCUUGUCCAGCGCUUGCAUUCGUCAGAGGAACAUCUUCAGACCCGGUGGUUCAAUGCCUUGAUCGGCAGGCUGUUUCUAGCCAUGUACAAGACCCCGGAGCUGGAACAGCUUAUUCGGAGCAAGAUAACCAAAAAGAUUUCGAGGGUGAAUAAACCCAAUUUCAUAACAAAGCUCAAACUCCAGACCAUUCAUUCUGGUGAAGGUGCGCCGCUCAUUACGAAUCCACGCCUGAAAGACCUCACAGUCAACGGCGAUUGUUGCGUCGAGGCAGAUAUCAACUACAGCGGAAAAUUUCGUGUAGAAAUUGCGGCUACAGCUCGAAUUGACCUUGGAACGAGAUUCAAGCCGCGAGAGGUUGAUCUUGUUCUAUCAGUGAUGCUGAAGAAGCUGAAAGGCCACAUUUUAGUACGCUUUAAACCGCCUCCCAGCAACCGGCUAUGGAUCUCGUUCGAUACGAUGCCCGCCAUGGAGAUGGCCAUAGAACCAGUUGUUAGUUCAAGACAGAUCACAUACGGCAUUAUCUUGCGCGCAAUUGAAAGCAGAAUCAGAGAAGUCGUUGCUGAAACCCUGGUCCAGCCGUUCUGGGACGAUAUUCCGUUCCUGAAUACAGAGGAGCAGUAUUUCCGUGGUGGUAUCUGGGAAGAGACUCGGAAGGCUGAACCACCACGGGCUACAGUCGAUACAGAGACCACUUCUGACAAGGAGUCAGAUCAACAGCCCGAGAGGGCUCCUGAGAAAGAAGAGCCGGCAGGCACCAGCACCCCUGAAACACAGGAGGCGAAUACGGAGGAGCAUGAGACUUCCGCUUGUGUCACUGAUACACCGUCUCAGGAUACUCUCUACCAGGCCUUUGCAGACCCGUUGAAUGAGAAAGAAGCGCCCGAGAAGCCAGAAACACAGGAAACGGAUUUCCGUCCAUCCUCGCUUCCAGAUAUCCCGGAGAAAGCAGCCCAUAGCGCUUCUAAACAUCGAUCUACUCGGUCUCUUUCCUUCUCACCGGCCACAACAGGCUCUUCUAUAUUCUCACCCUCCAUUUCUAUUACUCAACAAAGUGAACCCAGGGAUGUGCCCUCUCCCGCGGCUGAUACCAGUAACGCGGCUCCUCCCCUAUCGAGAUCUCUUUCUGACCACGGCACCGAUGCAGCUUCUACGAGCGACAGCAGGAGUAGUCGAAGCAACUCUAUGUUGGCGGAGAGUACCCAGUCGUCUAAGAGUGCAAAUGCAUCUCCGAGCCUGGCCCCUGGUCCAUUCGAGCCACGUCAAGCAAUGCUGUCCAUUGGAAGUGCUGCUGCAGCUGCUAAAAAAUGGGGUUUAAGUGUGCUCACCCGCAACGACCACGGCCCUAGACCAGGCGAAGUCCCUGACCAUCCCGUUGGCCGUGGUCGGCCUCUUCCGCCUCCAGGCACGCCCCUUCCGUCACCCGGAAGAUUCAACUUUGGCUCCAUAGCAAUGCCCAAACGGAAGCCUGUUACCCCGUCUCCAGUACCAGAGCGGUCUCAAUCAGUAAUUGAGCCCACGAGGUCUGAACCCAAGGUGCAGGUGCCAAAGAGACAUGAUUCAAUGUUGGACCAGGACACCAAGAGCCAGGAGAUACUUGUCAUCAAGGCGCCGGUUGGAUCAGAGCCCAGCAGCCCAUCCAAGGAGAGCCAUGGUGCCAGAGGCAAAGUAGACGAGAGCGACGAUGUGCCAGAUGCGUGGUCAAAUGAGGUGCUCAUGGACUUCCAGGACUCCUCAAUGUCGGCUACUGAAUCUAUAUCCUCACCGUCAGAGCUAUCUGUACAUCGACCGUCAAAACGGCUGGAUCAUCUGAAAUUCGACUAGGUAAGAGUUUUAUCACCUAUUUGUAUGCAUCCAGGUACUAUCUAUAUCCUACCAAUUCCCCAGAGGCUGGCGUUGCCAUCGUCUAUUUGGUGUUCUGCUUCAAUGUAUAUAUAUCUCCGGCGUUCGGGCUGGCGUUAAAAAGGGAACUAUUUCAAUAGACUGUUAUAUUCAGCUGUCUCUCAUCUUCACCCAUCUAUCCGUAAAUCCAUCUAUCCAUACUCAUUAAAUGUGGUUGCUAUCAAUAUCUCACCAGCCACUCUGUAUUGCGUUGCCUGUCAAAUCAACCAACUAGUUAGGGUCGCGUGCCAAGACGGUG